GGCCUAACGACGACUGCACUGCUAAUCUAACAGAUACAUUGCAUUUUUUAGGCUAUAAAGGUGACAUGCUAUAAUAAAACAUUAAAAUUUUAUGAGAACUCUUGUUUCAUGCAAGAUAAACGCUUUUACAAGAUCGGCUUCGAACUUGACCUGUGAUUGUUUGGUUGAACUGUCAGUGCGCGUGUUGUGCUUUAUCGAUAACAUAACCUAUACCUAUGAUUUCAAGGGCACAAGACUUUUUGAGUUAGUGCUGUGUGUAAUGUGCUGUUGGACUGUAAAUAAAGCUUAAGCGUAGUUGGUCUCUAAGAUAUUAGUGGGCGUAUUCGAAAGUUUGAAAAUCGAUUGGGUGACGUGCUUGCGUGGGUUUACGUUUACGUAAUCUUUGUUUACCUUGGAAAUAUGCACUGUGCUGACUGCUCACUGUGAUAUUUCAAUUUGACGUUUCUAUGCAUUGAACGCAAUCACAACAUCGGUAAUCCGACAUAUUUAAAAGAUAUUUGGAAUGACCCAAGAUAACAAACAGCACUACCGACCCCCAGAUCGGAUGUCCAGGGCGUGGGCGUGAGAUGGCACGCGCGGGCAUGCUGCACAAGGGCGGAAAAAAUGGAGCCGACGGGUGCGAUGACGUGCAACGGUCUUUGGAGCUGCUGGACCAGGUGCUGAGCGAGUACGACGAGGGAGAGCCACGAUCGCUGGAACCGCCUGCACCGGUCACGCCCGCCACCCCGGCCACCCCCGCCACGCCGGCAACCCCCGCCACCGACGACGAUUCGCCACUCGCCGGCCAUACCUCAGAAGACGAUGGAUACAUGAGCAUGAACGGGAGGAGAGCUAAGUUCGCGUUGGGUUUCCGUCCGACGGAGGAACGCGAAGAGCCAUCGCCCCCGGACCCGCCGUCGCCGCAGUCGCCCCCGCCACCCGAGGAGGCUCAGCGCAUCAUAUCUACUUUACUACCAAAAGUAUCUCCAGCUAAAUCUGUCGAACAACGUGACCCGGAAGAAAAAUUGGAUUCAAUACUUAGUAUCAAUGGGAUCACAACUGCUACACAAACAACUUUUCCAAAAACAAGACACCAGCGCCCAUAUGGGUGGGAGAAGGAUAACGAAACUAAUGGCUUUCAACUGCAACAACCGCCGGUGACGCCCCACAGAUUCGCGUCCCUGCAGCACGGCGCUCGUCCCCUGCAGGGAGACGUGGCCCCCGCUUGGUUGCCACCUCGGCGUAAUGCGCCAACCCCCCAGAAGAAAUCGCCUAGUCUCGAAAAUCCGCCAUUAUUCCCUUUCAUGGGCUUCUCGAGCGAAUUUGCGGAUAAGCCAUACAAUGAACACCCGGUGACUAUUUACCCGGGGCCAAACAUUCAAUACAACAGGCAGUCUCAUUCCCCUACAUACAAUGUACAAAAGGUUUCACCAUCGAACACCAAAAUUUCGGACAAAAAGGCUAACGUGAAACGCGACAGCAGAUCUGAUGGAGAGAUAUUAUCACCAAAAGGGAGGAUUCCUCCGCGAACUCUCGCUGGUUCUAUGGAGAGGCAUAGAGAAGUGUGUAGAGGAUCAUCGGAGGAUGUAGUGAGUAGCAGCAAAAGGAGAAGCUCGAGCAAGAGCAACGAGGAAGAGCACUUUUCAGACGACUCCCUAGAAGGGUCGCUCCCCCCACCGCCACCUGCAGCUACCACACCAUCGAAACGCAAUUCCAUUGCUUGGGAAGUGUCACUUGAUGGUGACGAUCCUCUACUCACUCCUGGAAGCACAAAGGUUAUUGGCAGACGAAGAAGAAAGUCAGGUGAUCAAUCGCAUUCCAGUACAAGUUCAAUACCAAACCGAGUUGAUGACGACUGGGGCGAUGAGUAUUGGCCCCCGCCGCCGCCCCUUGCACAAUGCGAUCAGCUCGCGUCUCCAACCUCCGACGGAGAACCUGACAGCCGACGAAUGCAGGACUUGGCUACCGGCACAUAUGUUAUAAGAAAAGGCAAAACGAGAAAACAGUUACCUAGUUUUAAUAAGAACGCGACCAAUAAAACAUCGAACACCACCAAUUUGCUACAAAACCAUAGCAUAAAUAGAAGUAUGGAUACAGACAAAUCCAUGGAUGGGUCAAGCAUAUCCAUCAGCGGUUCCGGAUCUGUGGGCUCUUAUAACUCAAGGCCAAGUUCAGAUCUUAGUCUACCGCAAUCACGAUACAGCGUCGAUCUCAACUCACGUUUGAGUCGGGAGCUUAACACGCCACAUUCAAGAUAUAGCAUAGAUCUCUGCACUCCAAAUUCCCGACUAAGCAAAGAAAUGACCUCACCAAAGUCAAGACUCAGUUUAGAUCUCAAUAGUGGGCAAGACAGAUAUAUCGCGCCAGAGUAUUUUGGACACAGUCCUAAAAGCCGAAAAACUCCCAGCGAAAAAAGUAUGCACUCAACAAAGAGUAAUGUAGUACAAAAUAAACUAUCUCCACAGAACAGAUUUGCGGACUUCAAAAAGUAUUCUUCUACUUUCGACAAUAUUCAAUCGUUGAUAAAGGAGGGUAAAGUGGAAGAAACACCUCCGACAGAAUGCAACGAAACGGUAAACGAAUUAACAACGAUACCUCCCAACAUGGUAAGGGUAGUUUCGCUGCCAAGUCUCGGGGCAGAUGGAGAAGCCAACAGUGCUAGUCGACAAGCUCUAAUCACCACCGUAGAAGAAGAAGAAGACCAAGAGAGCGGGGAGCCAGGAUCCAGUGGCGAUACGUCGCCACUCCGCAAAAUUGAGAACAAUAUUAGUGCUAUACUAAGUCAAGGUCGGGACCAAAAACAUUUUACCCCGUAUAUACCUAAAGACUGGAAUAUUCAUAAGGACGAGUACUGUGAUGAAGUGUCAAAUGAAUUAUUAGAAAACAAUUACCGUUAUAGUUCUAGAGAAAGGCAAAAGAGACACGACAUUCAGAAGUCAUCGAGUCACAAUGAAAUACAGAAUCAGCGGUCUAUAGACAGACGAGAUCGCACAAGAAGAUCUAAUAGCAUGCACAAAUCGACGAGCGCAAAAGACGUUCCUGUAGGUCUGAUGAGGCAGCCUUCCUCUUCAGAUUCUGCAGUGUCCAGUAGCGGAGACUUCCCCUUAAAUGUACAAAUAGUCGAACAUUCCUACAGGCACCCUCCAUUGCCGCCCUCACCGAUAUUGGGCCAUGAAAUGGGCCCUUUACCACAAACCCCAGAGUCACCAAAGUUCCCUCCUCUACCGCCCUCUCCUGUGGAAGAAGUGGAAGAUGAAUACACGGAAAUAAUGCAACCUACAGAGAAACGUCACAUAAAGAAAGCUGAUACAUUACCAACACCAACUUUAGACUCCAAACGAAGACCGUCAGAACCUCCAGCUGUGCCGCCACAUCGGGAUACCACAAACAGCCUCAAAACGCGGUCAAUGGAGACGAGUUACAACAAGAAUAGAAGAAAUAGUAACUUCAAGAACGGAUCAACAGACAGAAGAACACUGCCAACAGACAUUGGCGCGAGCGGCGCCCGGCGGCGAACACUGCAGAGGCAGAGUCGCGAGGCGCUCUCGGGGCGCGGGCCGCUGCAGACUUCAGCGAGCCUCCCGGAGACGCCGGUGUUCGCGCGCGGCUGUGACGUCCCCCGCACGCCGCCUAGGAACUCCACGGGCCCGCCCAGGAAUAAUACCAUCAACUCUAUACAGUCAAUAGGGAGCAGUGCCACUUUGGGUGGAUAUGGACGGGGAUCGAUUAUGGGUGCGGCCUCCGUGUGCACAGGCGCGGACCUGCUGCGGCUUGGAGGCCCACCGAGGGGAUGGUAUCCUCGCCAGAGACAUCGCAGGCCAGCGUCGACUGAACACCUGGACAGACUAACAACGUCCAAGACUGCGACGGAGCAGCCCGCGCCCUGGGACGGAUCCACAAACCGCAAGCCUCUCACAUUGCCUCCAAACCUCACACCUAAAUUCUUCCAAAAGUCACCUCGGGAGGCGCUGCGCAGAGUAACAAGCUUGCUUAUACGGAAGGGGAACAACGGGAAGGAGAAAGAAAAUUCUCGAAACAAGGAAGCGACUUCACCAGCAGCACGCUCGGCCAACGGAGAGGACCAUCCCGGUCAAAAACAACGCAAAGGAUUCUUCAGAAGUCUGUGGAAAAAAUCGCGCCAUUAUUCAUUGGAACAUCCGUGAAAUGAUAAAUACAAGAAUUGAAGACCUACAUGAAAUAUACGACUAUUCAAUAAAUCUUGUGAAGAAAAUGCAGAUAUGGAAGCACAACUUCAAAUGAAAAACAAAUGUAUAAAUCGUGACGUAAAACUGUUAAAUGGUAUUUAUUUUAACUAAUGUGUGUAAACCUCGUGAUGCAAACAAACCAAUCGAAAACAAAAAUAAAUACGAACGCAUGAAAAUGAGUUAAGUCAAACUGCUUAAAGUUUGUAAGAAGACCAUAAGAUUUAAUUUGUUGAACUAUAUUUUUCACAUUAUAAGUAUCUAAUGUAUAGUGCUAAUACUAAUUUGUCUAAUCGACGUGUUAUUAAACUUAUAAUUUAUUUGUAAUCCCAUUAGGACCUUUACUAAUAAAUCAAUUUAUUUUAUAUAAAUAGAAAUGUAGAAAAUGUAGAUAAAGAAAUAGAAAUUAAAUGUCUUAUUUCCAGAAUAUCUUUGUAAACAAUAUAGUAUUCAAUGUAUGCAAAAUUAUUAUUGGAAUAGAACACAUCAAUCAAAAUACUAUUUUUCCUUAAAAUGCGUUUUCUGUAAUCAUUUUAAGGUAAGAGAUUUAUGGCAAUUAAUCUUUGCGUGUAAUAAAAUUCUAAAGAACCAAGGUCACUUUAAUAGAAUUUGCUACAAGUUUAACAUUUUAUACCAAUCCUUGUAUUCGAGUGUACUUAACUCUUAUUAUUGUAGAUUUUGUCAAAAAAAAGUUCAUUAGCAAUAAA